CAUAUUUAUUUUCUAGAAGGAGAAGGAAUAUAUAGCAAUCCAAAAUAAAAUCUGAUAUAAGGCAGAAUGAAAGAACAUUAAUAUUCUGUUUCAGACUGUAAAAAGAUACCUGUGCUUCCCCAUGACUAGCUAUUGGUACGUGCGGAAUGCCAAUACUUCCAGGAAGAUAGUCAAUGCGCUUGCGUUGCUGAGUACUUCCGCCUUUUUGGGUUUUGCAAGAUGACGGCUACAUUACGUCCUUAUUUAAAUGCGGUACGUGCCACGCUGCAGGCAGCGAUGUGCUUGGAGAACUUUUCCUCACAGGUUGUAGAACGACACAAUAAGCCAGAAGUAGAAGUUCGGAGCAGUAAGGAACUGUUGCUACAGCCUGUCAUAAUUAGUAGAAAUGAGAAGGAGAAAGUUCUAAUCGAGGGCUCCAUCAAUUCCGUCAGAGUCAGCAUUGCUGUAAAACAGGCUGAUGAAAUUGAAAAGAUUUUAUGUCACAAGUUCAUGAGAUUUAUGAUGAUGCGUGCAGAGAAUUUUUUUAUUCUUCGUCGGAAACCUGUAGAGGGCUAUGAUAUCAGCUUCCUCAUCACAAACUUCCACACCGAGCAGAUGUACAAACACAAACUGGUUGACUUUGUUAUCCACUUUAUGGAAGAAAUUGACAAAGAAAUAAGUGAAAUGAAGCUGUCUGUGAAUGCCAGGGCUCGAAUUGUUGCUGAGGAAUUCCUGAAAAAUUUUUAAAACAUCUCAUGGACCCCCUGUAUUUCCCCCCAGAAUCCAAUCCUGAUGUCUGCUGAGCUGCUUAUCCUAAGAGGAGAGGUAACGCGCAAAGGCUGAACCAGAAGAUUUGGGUGGGUAUGGGGGUUGUCCCUUUAGGAAGGGCCAAACCAAAAAGAAACAGAGAAGCAGCAGCUUUUGAGUUUUGACUCUAAAAUCUUCCCACCUUUGUGGCGUCCGCAAAAUAAAAGGAGUACCUUUUAUAUUUUGGAACAAUAAAACAAAGAAAAAAGUUGUGCUUUUAUAGUAUUUCUUUUAUAUUAAUCUGCUGUAAUUUUUCUUCUUCUUGCUAAUAUUUUGCAUUGCAUAUGGAUUGUAAGACUAGCCUAACUGGCAGAGGGAUCAUUUUUGUAAACAUUAUAUUUGUGGCAUUACCAUUAUGGCUGAGGUGUAGUAAAAAAAAAAAAAAAAGUUGUGAUAUAUUUUUGUUAAGUUGUGAAGCUGGAGCAUUCUGGCUGCACAGACCUGUUUGUGUUUCCAUUGUGGAUGUUCAUAGAUAACAAGAAACAUUGGCAGGCCAAUCUGGUUUCAGUUAAUGGUCUAUGAACUGCAGCAAAUAGCAGUGGAACAUCUCCUAAUCAUUCUCCAAGAUAAGCAUAUGUUACUUGCUGUAUGGGUUGUAAAUUCUUUUGCUUCAGAAAUUCCUGCAUUGGCACUGUGUGCUCGUAAAACAAGGUGCUGUAUCCUUCUGGUGUCUACAGGCCUGGAGGCAAGUGGUUCCACUUUUUCCAUUUGUAAGAUUUAAACGUUUGCACUGUUGGAAUAGAACAAAGGUGUUGAUCAUCCCUUCAACAUGUUUCACUUGGACCUACAACUAUAGACCCAACAGCAGCAAAAGGCCUGGGAAUUUAGCAUCCGUGUCAUGAACCAUUUCAUUUGGAAAUGUGCAGCUUGUGUACCUGUUUAUUUUAUUUUUUUAUAAUUUUAUAGCCCUUGCUGUAAUCUUUGGUAAGAAUUGCUUCCCAUUAAAGCUUAUCAUUUCCUCUC